AUGGAAAUGUACUUAAGAAGACUUGGAAGAGACAUAUGGCGAUCUGUUGAAGAAGGACCGCAUGUUCGAAUUCUUACACCUGCUCAAACCGAUGGGACCACCGUCAGACUAGGAGGAGGUACGCCAUUGCCAAUUGAUUCGGAGAUAGAGAAGACUGCAAAGAAGUUAAGGAAGCAAGCCAAGCUUCAUAAGAGGCAACCGGUUUCUGGUACUUCUUCAUCAUCCAAUCCCUCGGUCAUCAAGAUUUGGGAGGACAUACCCCUCUCAAGUGUAUCCGCAUCAGAAACAGAAAGCCCAUCACUCUCACCACAACUAGCCUCACCCAUAAAUAUCACUCCACCUUCUUCACCUAUUCAUAAUAUCCUAAACAGUUCACCUACAGAAACAUCACCUGAUUCUCAAGCCAUGUUAGAUAACCCUGGAGGGAAUCAAGGUCCUAUAAACCCACCACCCGAACAAACUCUCGGUCAAUGGUCAAGACAAGAGGUAGCCUAUAAAAUCAUUCCUUCGCUCGUCGGCCCUGGAGAGGAGCGAUGCACCAUCAGUGCGCUAGAACUCAAAAUCCUCUAUGCAAUGACCCAUCCCAAGAAUAACCUCAUUCCUCAAUAUGGUCGGUUUCUAUGCCACAAGCUCAUCCGCCUUAGGACAUCCCGAUCGGGAAAGAUUGUUUGCGGGGGUAUUGUCAGCAUGAUCGCCAAGAGCGCCCACAUCCGAGCCCCAUACCCCGGUCCCCAUCAGCCACUUUCGGGUGAGCCUUAUCUCACCACUACUGUCCUUGACUCCAUGCGACUCUUCCGUUUGGCAGGCGAUAUCACACACCAUUGGACCGUGGGUCAAAAUCAUGAUCCAAAGCUCCUCAUCACACCGAAAAAUAAAGGCAUUCUUGAUUUCCGAAAUCCCAUUCACAUGACCGAUUGGAAAAUCAUUCCAUACAUCUUCCCCCACUCAUACUCCACCGAGGUAGAUGAACAAAGUGAAGAAAACGAGGAAGAUGGUGAUGGUGAUGAAGAAGAGGAGGAGCCUCACCAUGCUUCUCCCACUGGUGGUGGCAGCUCAUCCCAUUUUGCUGCACCCCCGCCUUAUCAUCAAUAG